UUGUCCUCGCUCUUCUUUGUUUACCUCUUGGAGCUCCCCGCCAGACUGGACUGGCUUCAAUUGGGUUUGACCUGCCAUCGACGACCAUUCAAUCAUACUGCUCCAGCCUGCCACGCGCCGUCGAAGGCUGAACCCGAGUCGGCAGCUUAUAAGCCCUUCGCGUCCGCCGGGAUCCCGUACUCGCCGUGUCGUGGGUCGGACAGUGGUGGAAAGCGACCAUGGUUGCUGAGGUCGAUGCCCCGCAGGCUUCAAGAGGCAGGACUCAGUCCAACGCUUCCACCGCCGCGAAUGGCACACUAAACACAGGCGACGUCAAUGGGUCCGCGCAACCAACAAAAACUGGCGGUCCCCAGAACACAACCCCACCCUUCCCGCCUCCCAAAACCGACAAGCCUAGGCCUCAUGUAUGCGCCACCUGCACGCGUUCUUUUGCGAGGUUAGAGCAUCUGAAGCGGCACGAAAGAUCGCACACAAAGGAAAAGCCGUUCGAGUGUCCGCAAUGCACCCGGUGCUUUGCGCGGCGGGAUCUGUUGUUGCGACACCAGCAGAAGCUGCACCAACAAGGCGCCGCGUCGACCAGACCCAGGAACGGGCGGCGAGAAAGUACAACUGGCAUGGUCACCGGUGCCAGAGUGCGCAAGAACUCUGUUGCAAGCAGCAUCAAUUCCUCUGUCGCUGGAGGACCUGGGGGAAUGAGACCGCGCGCUAACACUAUCAGCCACAUCGACGGCGCUGCGCUCAACAAUCUCCUAGCCUCUACUAACGUCUCCACUGGCAGAGGUGGAGGGGCUGUAUCAGGGCACAGCCACCACGCAAGCUUGACUGGUCUCACUGGUGCUGGCGCGUUCGAUUAUAGGGGGUUGUCUACUUCCAUGGGGAACCAUGGACAAGCAAACGGGCUACCUAAGAUAGACACCCACCUUGGACUAGGACUUGGCGGCGGGCUCAGGACUGCGCCCAUUCCCGGCGUGCCUGAUGAUUUUGACAUUGACAAAUUUUUCGCGAACACCGGCUCUACUAUCAACCCGAAUCAACUCCACUUGAACUCGUUUGGCGAUCCGUCGUCACCCUUUUUCAAUUAUAACAACCCUUUCCCUGGAACGACAGGACUGGAGGAGGAUGAUGGCUUCAGUUGGAGCGCGGGCCUGGACGCCUCCAUGAUGUUCAACACUGGAAAUGAGAAUGCUUUGGACGGAUCGUCUCCGUCUGCCAUCAGUACUGCCAGCCAGAGUGGCUUUAGUGAAGUCAUGAUCGAUGGCUCUGGAAACCCUCAAAGCUCGUCAGCAUCUAUGUGGCACAAUCCACUUGUGACCCACGCGAACCUAUCCCACAACGCUUUCACCACGCUGGACACGAUGGGCCCAAUCUUCCCGGAACUCAUGAUGAACACGAUGUCUCCUAAGGAUCUGCAAGAGCAGAACGCCUCCACUGACUUUUACAUGCCGUCUCCACAGCCAAUGUCUGGAAUGAGCCCUUCCACUGGAACGGCCGGAAUCUCCAAUCAGUAUUUUCAUCCUCUCGCUCUGAACUCGGAUGGCAACAGUAUUUCAUCGCCAUCCAUCAACAGUAGUGCACGGCAUAGCUCAGUCACCUCCGUGUCGACAGAGUCUAUUACGGACGCCACCAGGCAAGCAUUGAUCAUGAACCUAUCCCACGCAAUGGGAAGCAGUCCAAAUCAACGGAAGUACUCGCAGCCUCAUAUUAGUUCUCCAUUAUCGUCAACGAAUUCCGGAAAGCCCCAAAGCCAAUUCGCCUCACUACCAAGCACCAUGGAUCUUCAACGCUAUGUGAAUGCCUACAUCCAGUACUUCCACCCUCACCUUCCAUUCCUGCACAUUCCUACACUCUCUUUCGAUACGCCGGCAUACACCUACCAAAUGCGUACGCCAGGUAGCUUUAGCCAAGAGGGCAUAAUCGGAGGUGGUGGGUGUUUGAUCCUGGCAAUGGCAGCCAUUGGUGCGCUUUACGAGUUCGAACACAAGGUCGCUAAAGAACUCUUUGAAGCGGCGAAGAAGAUGAUUUUGUACUACCUGGACGAACGCCGCCAAAGAGGCUUAGCCGCUGUGAAUGGACGGAACGCACCUCAAGAUCACAUCAACAAACCUCCGUUGUGGCUGAUACAAGCUAUGAUGCUCAACCUAAUAUAUGGCCAUAACUGUGGCGAUAAACAAGCUGCUGAAGUGGCUAGCACGCAUUGUGCUGCUCUUGUGAGUCUCGCUAAAGCAUGUGGACUAGAUAAGCCAGAGGUGGAGGUUCCAAGUACAGACAUUUUCCGUCAGCCUACGCCAAAUUCUCUUGAUGGAGAUAUCGACAUGGGCGACGAUGGCAUCUCCCCGGAUCUCUUCUCGAAACAUGCUCAAGUUGAUCACCUUGAUGAGCAUGCGCAGUGGAUGAAAUGGAAAAUGGUGGAAGAGCGAAAGCGAACCUAUUUUGCAGUCUUCUCGAUGUCGAGUCUCCUCGUCUCCGCCUAUGCCCACGCGCCCAGAAUACUAAAUUCAGAAAUACGAUUGAACCUGCCUUGUGAGGAGGACCUUUGGGCAGCAGAUAACGCUCAGGUGUGGGUGACUAUGGGAGGGCCGGCAGCUGCUCAGGCCAGAGGUCUUUCCUUCAACAAUGCCAUGACAUAUCUCCUGGAAGCCAGCGUGCGAAAACAAGCCAAUCAACGGGAAAAUCAUGCGUACGCGCAACCUUUCGGAUCCAACAUGUCUACCACGGAGCCUACAGAGAGCGAAAUCAAACCCAGUACUUUUGGUUGCUACGUGCUAAUCAACGCACUUCACGUAUACAUAUGGGAGACGAGGCAACGGCACACAGGUCGCAUAUGGAAGACACAAGAGACGGAAGCAAUGCACGCCCAGGUCGAGCCAGCUUUGAAGGCCUGGCAGGCCGCCUGGAGAGCCAAUCCCAACCACAGUAUCGAACGACCCAGCCCAUUCGGCCCAUUGGGUGCCGACAGCAUUCCUCUGCUAGAUCUUGCAUACGUCCGCCUAUUCGUCAAUCUUACCCGCACAAAGGAGUUAUUAUGGCUACGCGACUUCGAUGGAAUGGCUGGAGAGCUUGCUAAGGGGGUCGAAAUCGUCGCCCAUGCCGAUAGCUCAGUAGACGGCUCGUCGGACCCUACUGAUUCGACUAGGACCUCGAACACCUCGAUUAGCUCACCUAGAAAUACUGCCUCUCCCGGAGACAUGGAUGCCAUUGGAGAGGCGAGUCCGGGGCAGACAGCCAACAACCUGCAGCCUAAUCAGUCUUCCAAACGCGAGCGACACCUUCGUCGAGCCGCUUUCUACGCCGCAGACUCCUUGUCCAUGGCUGACAAACUUGGUGCAACCUACGCGGAAUUUACCGCCAGGGAGUUGCCCAACUCGUCUGCGAUGUGCACUAUGGACUGCGCACAGAUCCUUGCAGAAUGGGUGGCGACGGUCCAGGAUCGAGUUGGGCGGUACCUCGGGGUACUUGGCAAGGAUGACAUUGAUUAUUCUGCCGUCCCAGCAAUCAUGCUUCUAGAAGAGGAAGAUGUUAAAUUGCUGCAGAAGAUCCAGGAUAUUUUGAACCACGCCGAUCUGAAGUUGACGUUCGAUAUCACGAACAUGGGGUCUUCUGCUGCAAUGCCGAUCAUGAGUGGGCUUGCCAGCCUCGGCCCUUGCGGUUAUGGCUCGAAGCUUCUGAUGGUGACAGCCUACAUGCUGGAAAAGGCUGCUGUGUGGCCUGUCACGCAUGUAAUGGCUCGCGCGCUCGAAGCUCAUGCAGCUCAUGUCAACAGACGCGCAGAAGCUUCAACUCUCAUAAAGUAAAUACUGAUUGUACAAUACUAACGCCGUUCACAACUUACGAUAUCAACGUGUCACGUCGGCUACGAUGCUACAAAGAAUAUCUUAAGUCUGCUCUUAGGCAGGCGUUCCCUGCUCAUGAGUACUAAGAUACCAGUCGCAGAGAACGGU